AUGCACCUGCCAGCACCUCUGUUUGCAUUCCCUCUUCCUCUGCCACCAGAUCACCCUCUCUCUGGAUAUGUCGACUUUGUCGUCAUCAUCUGCAUUCGAAGCUCGCAUAGACGGACGGGACAGGUUUCUUGGGCGGGCUCGCUGUAUCAUCUGUUGAGAACGCAACAGAACCUCGCUUCAACAUUCCCAUAUUGUGGGGCGAUUCACAAGUUCGUGUUCGUUAACUAUUCUGGCAAAGACACUCUCCAACAAUUCGAUGGGAAAACCAUCACUCUCGAUAUCAGUGAUCGUUACGCACCCUUUUCUUCCCCAUUCAUCAUCCACAAGAUGUGUGUCCGUGGAUUCUAUUCCUUAAACCCUGUUAGUCUGGACAUGCCCAAUGACCCGCCUCGGCAAGACUGGGACUUGUCGGACGGCGUGUUGAAUGACGAUAUAUCCACCGAUGCAAGAAAUUUUUCAAACGAGACCUUUCCACCUAUGACGACGAACACAGGUGGUACGUCAUUGGGCAGGCGCGCACUAGCAUUAAACGAAAAUGUCAUUGCUGACAUUCUCGCAGCAACACACACCUCGCCAUCGCGGAAGGCUUGCCAGAUGGAGGGAACAGACUGGAGUGGCACGGCAACUGAAAAUAUACAAAAAUAUGUCUCCACUUUUGAUGUCCAAGGAGAUGACGAAUAG